AUGCCAAUCACCCACAAAGACCGGCAAUUCAACACCAAAAACAUCCACUUCAAAACGCGCGUUGCUCUAUCGCUUCAAGCUGAGAUACAAAACGUUGCGUUGAUGUUAUUAAGUCGGUACAUUGGAGUCUUUGUGAAAAGACCGUCUAAACAAGCAAAAAUCACAACACAGUUCCAAAGAGUUAAAAACCUCAUAAUUGGGGAUGAAGUCCUAGAUGUACAAAAAGUUGUGAAGGCACGGUGUCUCCUCUAUUCCACUUUAAUGGAGAAAGAAGGAGUAAAAGAAGAAACUAUUAAGAGAAGGAUGCAACCUUAUAAGCGCCGAGAAGUCGUCAAUUUGCUUUUAGACGUCCUCUUUGAGUUUGGCGUAGUCCUUCUUAAUGCAAGAGAUGAGAGUGAUGGAAUCCUUGGAAACGUCUGCUUCUACAAUUUCCACAACAAAACAAUAGUCUACAAUAUAGAACAAAUUAAAGAAGUUGGUAAAAUCGUUUCAAAUCGGAUAGCGAGUAUCGUGGCAUGUGAAAAUGUAUCUGCUCUCUCGCAAAUAGCUCUGUUUUAA